GUAAGCUCGGUCCAAAUUCAACAAAAGCAACCUUGAGUUUACUACCUUACGUACCUAGGUAGGUAGGUAAGGUAGGUACCUAAGUACCUAAGGUAGGUAUCCAGAUACUGCCUCGUGCAGAAGCCUCCCAAAUAAUCAAUACCCAAAAUAUUUACUGUGGUUUUCAGGGGACAUCCGAGUGAAAUUUGUUUAAAGAGUUUUUCAAGAACUUUUUCGAAGAGGAUCUCCUAACACUCGCCAGGCUGGAAAUAGUACAAGGUUUCCAAGGUACAUCCUUAACCCUACCUACCUAACCAGGUUAGGCAGUACUGAAAGUCAACAUCAACUCCCUUGGUCGUCAAGGUUGCCCCGUUGAAUAUUAUUACGGCGACUGUCAUUCCAGAAGCUCGCGAAUUAUAGCGCUUCUAGGUACCUAAUCAGUAUUUGGGCUCUCUACAACCCGAUAGUGGCCUCGUUGAGUGAGGAAAGUCGGAAAGCACGAUAUUACCGAGGUCACAGACGGCUACGAUGGCCGACUUUGAUCUGGGUGCAUCUUUCAUACCGGCACUACACAAGCCCUCUUCGUUACUGCCUAUCGCCAGGCACAAGGAUAGCCUACUAUAUGUAGUAGAGAGCAAUCCAGUGACAGUUGUCGUUGGACAAACUGGGUCGGGAAAAACAACUCAGAUCCCGCAGUUUCUUGAAAAAGCUGGUUGGUGUUCUGAUGGGAAGCUCAUCGGAGUCACACAGCCCAGGCGUAUUGCGGCCACCACUGUGGCAUUGAGAGUGGCUGAGGAGUACGGAUCAGAGGUUGGCAAGGAAGUAGGCUAUUCCAUCCGCUUUGAAGAUGUCACUUCAGAAGCGACACGCAUAAAGUUUCUCACUGAUGGCCUCCUUAUUCGAGAGGCCCUGGUGGAUCCCCUACUGUCGCGCUAUUCUAUCGUCAUGGUGGAUGAAGCCCACGAGAGAUCAGUCAGUACCGAUAUUCUACUUGGGCUGCUGAAAAAGAUACGCAAAAAGCGUCCAGAGCUACGCAUAAUUAUAAGCAGUGCAACCCUUCAGGCGGAACAAUUUCUUGCCUUCUUCUCCUCAACUCUCGGAGGGUCGAGGCAGGACAGAGAAGAACCGCAAGGUACGAUAGGGACUAUUGUCAGCCUGGAAGGUCGAACAUACCCUAUCGAUAUCCUUUAUUUGGAGUCGCCGGCUGAAGACUACCUGCAAAGGGCGGUGUCCACAGUGCUGGAUGUCCACGAAAAUGAGCCUGAUGGUGAUAUCCUAGUGUUCCUUACCGGGAGAGACGAGAUUGAGGCUGCGGUGGAUGCCGUUUCCGAACGGACUGCUCAUUUGACCUCGCAGGAUCGUGGUCUCUUGCCUCUCCCGCUGUUUUCUGGGCUCUCGACCGAGCAACAGAUGUAUAUCUUCGAAGAAGCGCCAGCGAACACCAGGAAAGUCAUCUUCUCGACCAACAUAGCGGAAGCAUCUGUGACAAUUAGCGGCAUCGUAUAUGUCGUGGACAGUGGCUUUGUCAAGCUUCGCGCUUAUAACCCCAAAACUGGCAUAGAAACUUUGACAGCCGUGCCAAUAUCGAAAGCUGCGGCUGCUCAACGGGCUGGAAGGGCAGGGAGGACAAAGCCGGGCAAGUGUUUCCGACUGUACACCGAGGAAUCAUAUACAUCACUCAGCGACACCAACAUACCAGAAGUACAACGGUCAAAUCUGGCGCCAUUCAUCCUGCAACUCAAGGCUUUGGGCAUCGACAAUGUACUACACUUUGAUUUCCUGACACCUCCACCCGCGGAACUAAUGACCAAGGCCCUCGAACUACUCUACUCCCUCGGUGCCCUGGAUGACUACGCCAAGCUGACAAAACCAUUGGGACUGAGGAUGGCCGAACUAGCUGUUGACCCAAUGAUGGCAAAAACCCUCCUCUCGGCCGAGUCGUUUGGCUGUUUGAGCGAGAUGUUGACCAUAGCUGCCAUGACGAGUGCUGGUGGCGAUGUAUGGAUCCAACAUGAGGGUGAAAGGAAGCAAUUUGAAAGCAGGAGAAGAAAGUUCGCGGCAGGUGAGGGUGACCAUCUCACCUUCUUGAACGUAUACCAGGCUUUUGUGACCAAAGGUCGCAAAGAGUCUGGUUUCUGCCAUGAGAACCUGCUCAACUACAAGACAAUGUCCCGAGCAGUGAGCAUUCGAGCACAACUCAAACGCUACCUGGAACGAUUCGGAAUCCGCGUGGACGAGACAUUAGCGUCGGGGAAGACGAGAGGAGCCAGCCCUGGGGUGACAGGCGAACAGAUUCGACGCUGUCUGACGACGGGAUAUUUUGCCCAUGCGGCGAGGAUGCAGGCAGAUGGAACAUUCCAAACCGUCCAAGGAGGGACAACGCUGCAUGCUCACCCGAGCUCUCUGAUGUUCAACAGGAAGGCUGACUGGGUUAUAUUCCACGAGGUCAUGGAGACCGGUGCCAAAACCUUCAUCAGAGACAUCAGCAAGGUAGAAAAAUGCUGGCUGCUUGAAUAUGCGCCCGACUUUUACCAGGUAAAAUGAGUCAAUGCAAUGGACACUGCAGUUGGUCGGUUGGACAAUAUGUGGCAUUUUCACAAUUAGUUAGCUGUCUCAUGCGAAUUGAAAAUUGGAGAGAGAAAUCGAAACAAGGGCCGCCAGAAGCAAGACUGGAGAAAAUGGUCAAACAGCUAAGUGCCACCACUCGGGCAAAGCUCCCCAAAAUAGUCAAAGCUUUGCGGUGCACAGCUGCACGGUAACGUAAUGGCGCCAGCGAAUUGUGUUGGAGGCAUCCCAGGUCACGGCCCUUGGGUUCUCAACCCUCAGAUUUGGGAAUAUGAAAGACUACCUAGAACUAGAAUCCAGCACCAAUGGACGAGCUACUGUGCGCCACGGCGAUCACACGGCACACGAGAGAUUAACAAUGGUGCUACCAGAGAAGGAAGUGUUUUUGAAGAAAAAAGAAGAAGAAAUCCUCGGAGAUUGACAUUAUCGUCGUAUUACCGGAAAUAGAGUUCGUGCGAAAAAAAAAGUUCAUACAGAAACUAUAUAUCUAUCAAUCACACCUUGGGUUGGACGUAAUUGGCAGGCAUAUGUCAGUUAUCGUUUUAGACCGUUGAAAAUCCAAGUACCCUGCGGAAACAUCAGAUAGCUAAAAUUGGAG